AUGGACAAGAUCGCCCGGCGUGUGGCGCAGGCCCAGCGCUCCGCCAGUCGCAGAAGCCAACGAGUGGCGAGGCGGCAAAAGAUUCAAGCCUACUAUCGUGCCGACAAGGCGGUGACCGACGCCAAUCGAGAAAUCAUCAACAACAUCAAGGAUGCUAAACAGGCCAUGAAGGAGGACUGGGAGCUCGGCCCCUUGGCUCCCAAGCGCGAUCUGGGCUUCAAUAAGUACGGCGUCAUCACGUCCGCGAUCCGCCAAGACUGGAGCAACUAUGGCCAGAUCAAGUUUCGGCAGAAGCUUGCCGAACAACGCUGCGCUUGGGCCGGCGGCGCUCAUAUGCUGAAUUUGGUCCCGGGCGACAGGGUCGUCAUCUUUGAAGGCCACGACAAGGGCAAGAUUGACACCAUCAAGACGAUUCAGCCCGAGUCUGGCUCCCUCACCCUAGAAAAUUACAACCGAGCCAUGGUCGAGAGCAUGCUCGGCCAACCACCCCGCUCACAGCCCAUGCCCCUUUCCAUCGACUCGGUACGACUCGUAUACCCUCUGCCCGACCCCGUAACGGGCGUCAUCAAAGACACCAUCAUCCGCCAGCUCCGCGCCGUCCCACCGCGAAUGGAGUCGCCCAACAUGACCAUGGAGCGCUGGCGCUACGGCAACAAAUGGGACCGCAUCGUGCCCAGCCUCAACCGCAUCAUCCCCUGGCCCGAGACGCCCGCGCCCGAGUUUGCGCUGACGCCCAGCGACACGACGCGCGACCAGGUCGAGGAGCGCACUUUUUACUACAGCCUCGCCACGCCGCCCAUGCCCGACGGCGUCAUUGACGAGCUGCGCAACAAGUACUCCAAGUUCCGCACCAGGCACGAAAACUGGUACGUUGCGCAGAAGGAGGCCGAGGACGCGAACAAGAAGGCGUCCAAGGGCGACGCGACGCGCCUCAUGCAGACGCCGCUGGAAGAGUUCAACGAGAUGCAGCGCGCGAUCCGGGAUGCUGCUGGCGAGCCGGAGCUGUCCGAGGACAUGCUGGCCAAGAUUGGCGAGGUCAUGGCCAAGAGCAAGGCCGAGGUGCUGGAGAGGGCUGGCAUAUCAGAGGUUAAUUCCAAGCAGUAG